AUAACAUUAUUUACUCAACAAAAUCUUACUUACAGAUAACAUUAGUGUACAAGUGGUUGAAUUACUUUAUACUAGCAAAUUAAACCCAAAUUAAAUAAAGCAACGCUAAUUAAACUUUUGACUCAUAUAAUUGAGGCUACUUCAGGGGCAAUUUCGCAGUUUAAUUUAAUAAUACUCACGGUAAAUUUCUUUGUGCGCACUGCAAGUUAACAUAUUACGAAUAUAAAUACAUAAAAACAAGGCUUAAUAAAAACAUCCAAGUUUUGCCAACCAAAAAUGGAUAACAAAAAUCCUAAAGUAGUAGUGGUGAUGGUACCACUACCAGCACAAGGCCAUCUCAACCAACUCCUCCACCUCUCGCAUAUCAUCACCACCUACGGAAUCCCGGUCCAUUACGCCGGCUCUGCCUCCCACAACCGUCAAGUUAAGCUCCGACUCAAUGGUUGGGACUCACAAAGCUUAACAAAAAUUCACUUCCAUGACUUCGAACUUCCUCCUUAUGAUUCAACACCUCCAAAUGCCGACCUCUCGGUCCCUUUCCCACAACACUUGAUACCUCUUUUCGAGGCUUCCAUGCAUCUUCGACAACCCGUGUCAAAUCUCUUGCAACAACUCUCGGUCAAGUAUAAUCGAGUCGUAGUCAUUCACGACUAUAGUAUGGCUUACGUUGUCCAAGAUGUUAAGCUUAUUCCAAACGGUGAAUCGUAUAAUUUUAAUCCUAUAUGUGCUUUCACCUAUUUUACUAGUGUAUGGGAAGGCAUACCUGAGGAAGCGAAACCCUUUCGAGUAGACCCAAAUGAUGUUCCAGAAUGUAUGCCUUCUCAAGAGGGAUGCAUUACAAAUGAGAUGUUAGAGUUUGUGGUGAAUCAAUCUAAGUAUUUGGGUUUCGAGUCGGGUUGGCUCUACAACUCCACGAGAGUAAUUGACGGAAGAUACGUCGAAUUAGUUGAAAAGCUAUCUUUGACAAAGGAUCCUAUAAAGUACUUUGCCUUAGGACCUUUAAAUCCGGUUGAAAUUAGAAGUGAAAGCCGCAAAAACAGAAAUCAGUGUCUUAAAUGGCUAGACGAACAAGAGAAGGGUUCGGUGAUAUACGUGUCUUUUGGUUCGACAACAUCAUUAACAGAUGAUCAGAUCGAAGAGUUGGCUAAAGGGUUGGAAAGAUGUGGGGAGAAAUUUAUUUGGGUGCUCCGAAAAGCGGAUUCAAACAACGUGUUUAUAGAAGCCGACAAAGUGAAAAAGCCUCAACUUCCUGCAGAUUAUGAAGAAAGAAUAAAAGAUAGAGGAAUAGUAGUAACAGAUUGGGCGCCGCAACUUGAAGUGUUAGCACAUCCAUCAACAGGUGGGUUUAUGAGUCAUUGUGGAUGGAAUUCGUGUAUGGAAAGUAUAAGUAUGGGUGUGCCGAUUCUAGCAUGGCCUAUGCAUUCCGAUCAACCAAAAAACGCGUUUUUGGUGAGCAAUGUUCUAAGGAUUGGUGUAAUGGUGAGAGAUUGGGAACAUCGCAGUGAGAUUAUAAAGUCGAGUACGAUAGAGAAUGCAGUGAAAAUAUUGAUGGCUUCAGAGGAAGGAAAGGGGAUCAAGAAAAGAGCUACAGAGUUAGGCGAAGCUGUUAGAGGAGCAGUUGCCGAAGGUGGUGUUUCUAAUUUAGAAAGGGAUGCUUUCAUUGCUCAUAUCACUAGAUAAUGCGAAAAAUCAAGUAGAUUUUAAUGCAAAUUUUGCUACAGGGUUCAAUUGUCCUAGUUUGAGUGGUUUCUCCUGUUUUUCUUUAUUUAUUACGUUGCUACUUCUGCUUUUUAUUUGUCUUUAUUAUUAGUCAUGAAAAUCCUCUUUAUUUGGUUCAGAAAUUCCAAUGCAUUACUCUGGUUAACUAGGGUGCGUGUUUGAUAUUUGUUUUUUUGUUUUUUAAUAUUUGGCUUUUAGCUGCCAAUUAACUGGUUUUUAUAUUUUCAACAUUUU